AUGAUCUUCGCGUUAUUGAAAACUAUUCCUUCGAAUGUAUCACAUCCUGGAUGUCCAGAUAUAUACGAACUUCCACCCGAACCAGGUGUAUUAAAUUCAGAAGAUGAACUUAACCCGCCUCUAUAUCCUCCACCGCUACCACCAUUUCCUUCACAUUUACAAACAGCUCUAAUAGUUCCAUUUCUUCCAUCAGAGCCUAUUCCAACUUCAUUUCCGAAAGAUUGGCUUGCACCAAGAGAAAUAGUAUAG